AUGAUGAACAAAGCUACACUGCUGCUGUUUUAUUGCCUGUUCAUGUCUACAUCAGGCUCCCCACUAUACCCUUCCAUCAGAUUUGGCCAAAGGGACACAUCGAUCCUGAUGACAUCUUCUCUAAAGAAUCCAGAGCAGGUGGAUGACGCAAGUUCUCCCCAAGACAGAACCGACCUACGCUUCGGCCGCCAUGCUGAUGCCAUCUUUACAAACAGUUAUAGGAAAGUGUUGGGCCAAAUCUCUGCCAGGAAGUUCCUUCAAACCAUCAUGGGCAAGCGUCUCAGAGACGAAAGUGAGAGCUAUAUAAAACGCCAGUCAGAUCUCUACGAAGGAACCUAUAAAGAAGAUCUGACGUCCAUCCAGAGCAAUCAGAGAUACAGAGGACUUCAUGGAAUGCCAUGA